GACACUGCAGGGGAGCCAGAUGCCCGACUGCGAGACGCUGCCUGUGGAUCCUCAUCCCGAAUGCCAGAGCAGGCGACACAUCUCAUCCCACCGCGCAGAGGAGGAGGAGGAAGAAGAGGAAGAAAUGGAGGAGUGAGAUAUAAUGCUUUUUUUUUUUUUUUUUUUGGUGAUUUCAUCUUUCGCGUCCAACUCGCUCCCUCUCUGUUGUUUCGGCGUCUGCUUUAAAUGAAGAGCCUCUUUGGACUUGGAGUAUCGGGCAUCGUUAGAAAAAAGAGAAAAAACCACCCCGUUAUUCCACUGCUGCUGCUUCUGCUGCUGCGGUGCUGCUUAUUCUGAAUUUGGAAUAUGUCGUGCGGCUCCCUGCACCAAACCAUGGAGAUUAUAUCACGUGGAUUUACGCUUUUUUAAAACAAAACUGGACAUCUACAGUAACAUCGUUUUUUAGUUGAUCUUUUUUUUUUUUUUUUGGAUUGCGUUGCCCCUCAUUUUUGUUUGUUUGUUUUCUGUUCCGUUCUUUCAUUUGAUCUGUGCCCACUUUUCUUUAUUUUUAUGAUUUCAGGAAUUUAGAUUUUCCUUUAACCUUUUGUUUAGAUUGUUUGUUUCCAUUUAUACUUUCUUCCUUUUCCCUUUUCUUCUACUCUUUGGACUCGAUGAAGUGGGAUGCCUCACGGAGAACAUUAGUGGGGCGCAGCAGCAAAACGUGAAUGAAUAAUAGUCCCCUUCUCCGUCUGAGACGUGCCAUGGAUGGGAAACUUAACUUAUGUCCACGGAACCGAUCGGGGAAUAGCCUCCUCCUCAAAUAACUGCUGCUGACAGCGACCAGGACGAAUGUCAUAGGAUGAACACUGCUGGUGGGGUGUGUCUGUCUGUGCUGUCCUCUCUCCUGGCCGUGGCUGGGGCCCUGGCUGCUCUGUCUGCCCUCGCUCUAGCUCCUCUCUCUACCCUAGCUGAGGUUGCCUAUGGGGCUGCCGAAAGCAUCCCCAGCACAGGGGCAGAAGGGGCCCCCUCACCCAUCUCCUCACCAUGCUCCAGCCUUGUAGCAGGGGUGCUCUAUGGUUCUUUCUCCCUACGGGAGCUUUUUCCCUUCAGGACACCUGGUUGUUCAUGGUCCUUGGAAAAUCCAGAUCCUACAAAGUACUCCCUCUACCUCCGCUUCACCCGAAACCCUAUCAUCUGCCAAAUGCACCACCCCAUGCUCCUGUCUCUUGACCACCACCUAGUCAAUCAAAGCUGCCCUCUCCAUCUACAAACGGCAACAGCCAGGGAUCAGGAGAUCAUUGAUCUCUGCGGCAGCCCCUUGAACUCAGACAGACCCUACUCCUUCCUGCAGUUUGAUAAAAACUUUGUUCAGUUAUGUCUGACGAGACACCCUGCUGCAGAUGAGCCUCAGGUAACAAAGGAAUUGAUGGAGCAGAGGCUGGUGGAGGUAUUGCUCAUUAACAACGAGAACUCCAGUCAGUUCACCUGCGGCGUGCUCUGUCGUUGGUUUGAGGAGUGUCUGCGGACGGACCUCAAUGGGAACCAGGAGACCUCUGAUGGGGAUGUUUGUGGGAUGACGCAAACGGGCUGCAUUUGUCCUAAUCACAACAUCAUGGCGCCGCCGAUUCCACUACUUCCGGAGACACCGCACAGUUUCAGCAACGGUUCCCUCGUCCCUGAUGACUGCUGUGUAACCGAACUUCAUUCCAACGAUGCAAUCGCCAUAGCACCGAGAGACGUCAGGCAAGACCCCUACGAUGACGACCUGAAGGUGAAGACGCAAAGGCCACGAUCAGCUGACCUGCCAGGUGUGUUUCAGGCACAAACAGGUGAUCCGGCGGCAGAGGAGUGGUCGCCGUGGAGUGUGUGUUCUCUGACUUGUGGGCAAGGCUGGCAAGUGAGGACGCGGUCCUGUGUCUCCUCUCCUUAUGGCACGCUUUGCAGUGGUGCUCUGCGGGAAACGCGCAUGUGCAACAACACAGUUUCCUGUCCUGGUGAACCUGGAAUCAUAAGUACAGUGCAUGGGCAAUGGGAGGAGUGGUCGUCAUGGAGUCUGUGCUCUGUUACCUGUGGGCGGGGCUCCAGAACACGCACCAGGAAGUGCAUGGAUGGAGGUGGGGUGAAGCCUUGCGGCCAGCCCGACAUUCAGACCAAACCCUGCAACAUAGCCGUUUGUCCUGUGGAGGGCCAGUGGUUGGAGUGGGGCGCGUGGUCAAAAUGCAGCGUGACCUGCAACACGGGGUCCCAGAUGAGGCAAAGGCGAUGCAGUCCCUCGGUGCAUGGCUGGGCUGAGUGUAAGGGGCUUCAUCAGGAGAGCAGGGAAUGCGCCAACCCUUCAUGCAGUGGUGGAGGUAACUGGGGCAGCUGGAACCACUGGAGUCUGUGCAGCAAGACGUGCGACUCUGGGUGGCAGCGGCGCUACAAGAUGUGCGAGGGCAGCGGAGAACAAGGCUAUCCCUGUGAAGGUUCAGGAGAGGAGGUCCGGUCCUGCAACGAGAAGAAGUGCCCCGCGCCUCAUGAGAUAUGCAAAGACGAGCACCUCCUUUCGAUGUCAUGGAAGAGAGCCUCAGCCGGAGAAACCGUCUACAACAAGUGUCCAACAAAUGUUAUCGGAUCUGCUAGUCGUCGAUGUAUGCUGGACAAUAACGGAGUUGCUUUCUGGGGUCCUCCGAGCUUCGCCAGAUGCGUCUCCCUUGAGUAUAGACAAUUGCAUUUAGCUUUGCUAGAGCAUCUUGCGAAGGGUCAGAGGACCCUGGCCGGGGAGGGGAUGUCUCAGAUCGUACGGAGUCUCCUGGAACUUUUGCAGAGGAGGAGCUACUACAGUGGCGACCUUCUCUUCUCCACGGAGAUUCUGCGAAAUGUGACGGACACCUUCAAAAGAGCAACCUACAUCCCAGCUUCCGACGACGUGCAGAAAUUCUUCCAGAUUGUCAGCCACAUGUUGGACUUGGAAAAUCUGGAGAAGUGGGAGGACGCACAUCAGGUCGCGCCCGGUGCUGCUUUGCUGAUGAGAAUAUUAGAAGAUUUUAUUCAUUUCAUUGGAGAAGCACAGAAGCCUUUUCAGAGUUUCCUGACAGUCACUAACAAUCUCAUGAUAACCAUACAAAGAGAGCCAGUGUCGGCAGUUUCAAGUGACAUCAACUUUCCCAUGAAGGGACGGAGAGGGAUGAAGGACUGGGCCAGAACAGCGGAGGAUAAGCUCUACAUCCCUAAAGAAGUCUUUACCAUUCCUGCUGAGGAGCCUGGGACCGAAUCAGAAACCACAAUGUAUUAUGUCAUUGGAGCCAUUUUGUACAGAACCCUUGGCAUCAUCUUACCUGGACCAAACCCUCCCGCGGUGAUCAACUCCAAGAUCCUGACGGUGACGGUGCGACCUGAACCUCAGCCGAGUGAGCCCAUGGUUGUGGUGGAGCUGUCACCGCUAUUAAAUGGUACAUCAGAUCCUCAGUGCGUUGUCUGGAACUAUGGCAACACGGAAGCUGGCACAGAAAACUGGGGCACAGAAGGCUGCCAAACGCUAGCAUCAAACACUGUCCACACCAAAUGCCUCUGCAGCAGGAUAUCCACCUACGCCGUGUUAGCGCAGCAAGCUAAAGACCCGGACAUGGGUCCUACCAGCAUGCCCUCAGUGCCCCUUAUGGUGGGCUGUGGAGUGUCCUGCACUGCUCUCCUCAUCCUGCUGCUCAUCUAUGCUGCCUUUUGGAGGUACAUCCGGUCAGAGAGAUCGAUCAUCUUGGUCAACUUCUGCUUCUCCAUCCUGGCCUCCAAUUUACUGAUUCUGCUAGGACAAUCUCAAACACUCAACAAGGGGCUGUGUACUGUGACUGCUGCUUUCCUGCAUUUCUUCUUCUUGGCGUCCUUCUGCUGGGUGCUGACUGAGGCAUGGCAGUCCUACCUGGCUGUCAUUGGCAAGACAAGGUCACGCAUCAUUCGCAAGCGUUUUCUCUGCCUCGGCUGGGGUCUUCCAGCCCUUGUUGUUGCAGUGUCGGUGGGUUUCACCAGAGCAAGAGGUUAUGGCACCGCCAGCUAUUGCUGGUUGUCUUUGGAGGGCGGCCUGCUUUAUGCCUUCGUUGGUCCUGCUGCUGUCAUUGUACUGGUUAACAUGCUCAUUGGGAUUGUGGUGUUCAACAAGCUCAUGUCUCGAGACGGCAUCUCAGACAAGUCUAAAAAGCAGCGAGCAGGUGUCCCGGCGGAGGCGGGGAGCCGACUGCUCCUGAAAUGCUCCAAGUGUGGCGUGAUCUCAAGUACCGCUAUGUCCAGCUCGACGGCCAGCAGCGCCAUGGCGUCCCUGUGGAGCUCCUGUGUGGUUCUUCCUCUGUUAGCAUUGACCUGGAUGUCAGCCGUGCUGGCCAUAACUGAUCGGCGCUCCACACUCUUCCAGGUCCUCUUCGCCGUUUUUGACUCUGUCCAAGGCUUUGUCAUCAUCACUGUCCAUUGUGCUAUGCGCCGAGAGGUGCAAGACGCUGUGUGUUGUCGAAUGGGGGGAUGUAAAGAUGACAGCGAAAACUCCCCUGACUCCUGCAAGAACGGACAGGUGCAGAUCAUGAAGGGCUCUUGUGGACAGCAGCACGGCUCUCGUCAGAGCACACCCCUGUGUUUGUCUGGCUGUCACCCGCAGCUGCCGACACCGACGUGCCACCACACAAGCCAGCAAGCCUGUUACCAUGAUCUGCCUAACAGCAGCCGCAACUGUGUGCUGAACCACGGCCACACACAUGAGCACACCCCAUUGCUCAACAAUACCCACAACCACACCCCCAAUCACAUCAACAGUCGAUCAACGGAUUUCGAGAAGGACGUGGACUUGGCUUGUCAGACAGAGCGAGGACACCCAUUCAUUUUCAAAGAGGUCAACACCUGUAACCCAGCCACCAUCACUGGAACCCUGUCACGAAUCUCCCUGGAUGAUGAGGAUGAUCCAAAGCUCGCAGCACAUCAGGAAGGCGGAGUAGGGGUCAAUUUCAGUUCUCUUCCUGGAAACAUCCCGCCUCCGAACCUCAUUGUACAGGUUCCAACAUUAGGACUUAAUGAGCUCAGUGAGACACCUCUUAAGAAGGAGGUAAACUUGGACCAGCAGAGACAGCAGGGGCAGCCACGCACCACCGCUCCAAUCUACUUGUGCACCGAGAGCGGCCUGGGUUGGGCCCGACCGCCCGCGUCCUCCAACAAUUCCCAGGACGGAAGCGCAGGGAGUGGAGGAAGCGGCGGGGGUGGAAGUGGCGGAGGAGGGGAAGGAGACUACAUGGUCUUGCCUCGUAGGACGGUCAGUCUCAAACCUCCCGCGCCCUCUUCGCAGGGAGGAGGCCUGGGACUUGGCGGCGAGGACAAGCCCCUCAAUAUCGCGGUGGAGGAUCCUCCCUUCCCCCCUCCUCCCUCUCCGCUGACCCUCCACCCGGCGGAGAGUGAGGCCUAUCCAGCAGAUUUUGUGCCAUCCAACGUCGGUGACAUGAAUAUCACCAUGAACCUAAACCGCUCCUACGGGACUAUCAAAACCGUGCCCCAUGGGCAUGGCCACUUGAUGGGCCAAGGUGGGCAUGUGCACUCCCACGGAGGACACAUCCACUCCCACGCGCAUUCACUCCACCUAAAGCCAGGCCAGAGGCCAUCAGUCAGACAGAUUCUGACAGGGGGAACCACAGUGGAGAGAACCCGCACCCUCCCACGCAACCUAGGCAGCACCAAUGCCAACACCAGCCUCUCAGCGGGAUCCCUGGAGAGGAAGAGAGUACGGUACUCUGAGCUGGACUUUGAGAAAGUGAUGCACACUCGCAAAAGACAUUCUGAGCUGUACCAUGAGCUCAACCACUCGUCCAAGUUCCACACCAUAGACAGGUAUAACAGGGACCCAGCCAUGUCCACAUUCAAGGACAAGUCCAACCCCGAGGACCAAAGCUCCUGGGACAGCUUCAAGACCAUGACCCCCGAGCUGUCUAUCGUGCCUGGGGAGCAGAAAGACCGUCUGGAAUUGCACAAUAAGAACUGGGACUCGUCCUCAGCGAACACACCGGACUCGUCCGAGGGAGACUUCCAGACUGAAGUCUAAAGAAGACAUGCGAGACAUUCAUGCUCACCUUAAUCACAGACCUGAGAUAAUGUUGAGAUACAGACAGGCACACGCAUACACACACGCAGACACAGGACUCCCGAAAAGAUUUACAUAGGUACGAUCUCCUGCAAAGGAUCUCAGAUAUUCUGCUCCCUGCCUCAUGCAAUGUGCUUUGUUGGAUCCCAUACUGUAUUUGUUUACAGCUGAAGAGGACGUAUAUUCAAAAGGAAGACUGUUCUUCGCUCUAUUUUCGCAAAGACUAUCGGUGGGGGUGGGUGGGACAGAACAGGGGCUGGAAAGAUCUGUGACUAAAGACGAUUUUUAAAAGAACUCAAAAAGGAUGAAAAACAUAAUUUCUGAGAAGAAAAAAAGGUCUUGAUUUUAUUCUGAAGAUAAAAGAAAAUGUCUUACAAGUGUUUGAUGACUUAGGGAGGGUGGUUUGGGGUGGGAGAGAAAAAUAAGAAUAUUUCUGCACUCUUAUUCUUUUUUUUAUAUAUAUAUAUAUUGCAAGGGGGUAUAUUUCACCUUAGUCCCCCCCCCCCCAAGGCAAUUUACGUUUAUUAUUUUUUUCUUAUUCUUUCAAAUGGAAAAUGAAAGUAUUCAGUCACUCUGUCUAUCCUAUGUGUUUGCUUUCUUUUUGUCACAGCAAGAGUGGAUAGGUGAAUGAGGGGGCAGAGAUGGAGCUGCUCGCUGAUUAUGUGCCAUUCUCUUUACAUGUCUUCAGGUUCUGGUUCUUCUAGUCUCACUUUUUUUUUUCUCCCGUCACAUCCUCUCCCUUAACGUUCCGAUCUUUAAUUUUGCGUCUUUUCUAUUGUUCACUGAAAGAAAACGUCAUUCCCCUUCGUCCGGGCACGAAAGAAAAAAAAAAAAAAAAACUGAAACAAAUGACAACCAGUUGAUUUUUAGUUUCAUGUUUUAUUAAUUUAUGCUUCAUCUGCUCAAGCUGCUUAGUGUGUUUCUUUUUUUCUUUUUUUUUGGUUUCCAUGUAUGAAGUGAUUCAAAAGUCACAUAAAACUUUAAAUGCCUUCUUACGAUAGAGCACAUGAAUAUGAGGCUACAUUUCAAGAGUGUCUGGAAGCCAAAAAAAAAAAAUGGACAGAGUGGUCUUAAAGAUUGUAGCAUCUUCUUUGUUCCUCCCAAAGUUUAAAAGUUGCAUGGUUUGAUGGGUUGUGAGUGGCUCUUGGUCAGUUGCCCCUUUGCCAUUUUAUCUACCUUCUGUACCAAUGCAUUUCUAUUUUAUCCCUUUCUAUUUCCAUAUGAGCAAACCAUUCCUUACCAAUGUAUUCUGCCAUGGCAUUUCUUUUAUUUUUUAUAGUGAAGUAUUUUCAUGAAUUAUGUAAAUGAAUGUUUAUUCAAUCAAAAAAAAAAAAAAAAAACAUCCUUUAUCAUUUUAUCUAACUAUAUAUUGUCCUGAAAAUUAUUACACUGUAUUUCCAUAAAAAAAACAAAAAAACAAUCCAUAAUUAAUGUUGUUCUGACCUUUGUUAUGUUUCGGACAGUUGAUUCCUAAAAUGACUAUUUUAAAGUUUAAGCUAAAUUAACUCUAAAGGGAGCUGGUAGUCAUUAUCCUUGGUUGUUGUAGCAGAGACGACACACCUGAAUGGACGCAUGGUCGUUGUAACACCUGUCGCGGUACAAGGUAAAAUUUUCUACCUGGAAAAACUCAGGUAAACUGCAGAAUGGCAAAGGGUCAAAUUGACCAGCAACUGUCAUGAGUCACUCUGAUGCCAGAUUACAAAUUUGCCAUGGGUGAGACUUUAGCUAACGUGGGUGCCGUUUAGUUAGAAUGCCUCCUCUUACAAAGUUACAAACACAUAUUUGCAUCCCUAUAGAUUUUUCUCCCUUUAUUAGCUUUUUUUUUUUUUGUCACACUUAAACGUUUCAGAUUCAUGCAACACAUUUUAAAAAUCAAAGAUUCUGACAUUUGAUAAAAUGCUGUUCUCAAAGUAUCCAGUCCAAAUGGGACCCAUGAUAGCUAAAGUCCAGUAUUUGGUCUUCUUUUUUUAAUUAUUGUUAUUCUUUCUUUCCAAGAUACUAAAGAAAAUUUUGCUAGCUUCGUCAGUUGAAAGUGAGUGAGACAAUUGGGAAAACAAAAACAAGGACAAAACGGUAAAAAAGAUUGUAGCAUCCUCUUUGUUCCGUCUCCCGGUUUGAAGGUUGCCUGGUUGGAUCCAUCACGAGUCACUGCGACGCCAGAAACAAGAACAAAAAGAUGGAUGAUGGGGUCUAUGUUGACUAAACACACAUUAGCAGCCAAUAUUCUGUUUCCAAGUUUUAGUAAUAAUUUGAUAAACAAGAAAUUGCCUUUUGCUCAAGAGCCUAAAAAACCCCUAGAUUUUGCUUUAGCGUGCUAUCUCUACCUCUUUCAUAUUGCCUGCUCCGAACUCAGAAACAUGAAAUCUUAAUGCUACAAGCAGCAAGGCCAAAUGUAUAAUUCCUCGUUUCCAUGGAUCCCAAACUGUGUGUUUAUAUCUCUGGGCGAGCACAGCCACUGCAAAAAAAAAAAAAAAGAGAGCACAAAAUGGACAUUUCAGAACGAAGGGGAGCUAAAAAAUUACGGUUCCUUUAAACACCCUCGCUGCAGUUGUUACAACAGGCGACAGCAGUUUCCCCGUUAUUGCUACAUUAGUUCGUGAGAGAAAGUAUCCGAGUCGGGGGUGAUGAUUCCUCUGUCUACGUUCACAGCGGCAGUUGUUGUUGUAAAAGUUUGGAGGAAGAACUGAUUUGUAAUUUAUGAAAAAGCUUGAAGAAAGUGCAAGGGGUGGGGGGGGGGUAGAUUCCAAGAUGGAUUUCAAAAAUAACACUGUUAAAAAGAGGCUCGAAACAGGCAGAGAUGAAGACGAAGGGGAGUGCUCAAAACAGUAAUUAUCUGGGGAAGACGAUUUGUCCUGACAUUUUCCAAUGCAGCCCUCGAACCAUCUGUUUAAGGUUCCCUAAUGUGGCGGUACAGCAGCGUGGCGCAGAUGGCGAGACAAGAGUGGCGCCCUUCUAACCUUUCAAGCUAAUCAGCUGAUAGGCAAACCUACAGCUCCACUUCUCUCAGAGGAGGAAGGCAGGUUUGAUCCCAGGUUGCCAAGGUAAGGUCACUUUCACCUGACCUCCUGCAAGGCUCAGGAACCAGAUCCACUGAACAAAGCGUCCGUCUGGCAGCUUCGUGGCCUCACCCGGUAGCUGUUACUCCACGGCGUUUCUCCAUUUUUCUUCCAUCUCUCAAACUGAUCUAAUUAAAAAAGAAAAGGGGGGAAGGAUAAAAAGUCUUGUUCCCAUGGUAAUGCAAUUUACAGGAAGGAAGACGCAAUCAGGUUUGCUUUCAAUAGUGUAAAUGAUUUCCUUUCCAUCAGUCAUAUCUUUCAUCUUGUAGUAUAUGGGGAACUCUAGGCUCAAUGACGGCUGGUAUUAAGAUUUUAUGGUUCAGAAGAGUAAAACGAGAUAUUGCUUGACCAAUUGAAAAGUCUGUCAUGCAUUCUUCUAUUAAUCUUUUUUUGUUUGUUUUUUUUUAUAAUAAAAUGUGCUGUAAUGUUUAUUAUAACACUAGGUGGACACUGUAUGUUAACUUUUAAAGUCACUUUUCCUUUUCUCUAAAAAGCUUUUUUUCCAACUCGACUGUUUUUGGAGAACGAGACGGACAAGAGGACAGAUUUUCAAACUGGAAUCCAAGUAGAGUUGAUUCAAAAAUCUUCACAGCUCACCUUUCUACCUGUCAUACCUGCAAGCCUUUGAAGCUUCUCUGAACAUCUGACAUUCCAGCUGAUUUUAUUACUGACAAACCCUCACUUUCUCCUUCAUUUUUGUUCUUUUUAUACAUAAGAUUGUACAAAGUAGUCCUCUAAUGUUUUCAUAGUGUCUUUUUUUAUAUGAAAAUAAAUUUUCAAACUGA